CUUCCGUAUACGUCUUGGGUGCUUCACGAGAUCAUACUGACUGAAUUAAUACCGAACGAACUGAAGCCUCGACAUAGGACAUUCAUAUCACUUCUUUAUUGGAGUAAAACGGCAUUCGUUAAAUCUUCGUGUCCGGAAAAAAAAUCGUCUCGGCGCCCGUUGAAGCUUCUCGAGCUAUCUUAGCUUAGCUUGCUAGCUGCCAAGAUUCGACGGGCUCGUUAACAACACAUCGCUAAGCAACGGAUCGAGUGUGAGUGUGAAGUGUUGAUUGGUGUGUGAAGAUGUGGGCACAAAGUGUGAAAGAAGAAGAGUACGAGGAGGAACUUUCUGGAACGCCGGAGGACCACGAGCGACAACGUCAACGACUGCGCGACGCUGUUUUCAAGAAGCCUCAAAGUGCCUUACGCGGGGCAGAUGUUAGUGAAGCUCUUCAUCCGAAACAGCAGGCGCUACACCCCCCUUACAUUAAAGAGGAAGAGGAGGAGGAAGAGCCCCCCAAAAUUAAAGAGGAAGAGGGAUUGGUGACCCUCCAUGUUAAGAAGGAAGAGGGGCCAGAGUGCUCUCUUAUUAAAGAGGAAGAAGAGGAGGUAGAAGGCACCUACAUUACAGAGGAAGAGGAGCCAGGGACCUCCCACAUUAAAGAGGAAGAGCAGGAGACUGAAAUCACUGAUUUUCCAUUGAUUGUCAUUGUGAAGAGUGAAGUGGAUGAUGAAGAAGAAGGUGAUGGAGACCACUGUGAAGAAUCACAAACAGAUGGCCUCCUAGCUCCACAAUCCGAUAGUGACAACAAAACGUCACACUCUCCUGACACUAAUAAUGUUGAACACUGUAAAGGUGAUGUGACCCGUCACACUGAUAACAAACAUGUGAAAUGUUCUCAUUGCAACAAAGCUUUUUCCAACAAGUCAUCGUUGAAAAGACACAUGAGAACACACACCAGAGAGAAGCUUUUUGCCUGCCCAAUUUGUAGUAAAAGAUUUGCUCAUAAGGGACAUUUGAAAAUACACACAGGGAUUCACACUAGUGAGAAACCUUUUUCCUGCUCAUUAUGCGGUCAUAGAUUUAGUCAUAAGAGUAGUUUAACAAAUCACAUGAGAAUACACACUGGAGAGAAACCUUACGCCUGUUCAACCUGCAACUUAAGUUUCGGGAGACGUUCUUAUUUAAUAAAACACACACGAAUACACACUGGGGAGAAACCCUUUUCCUGUUCAGUUUGUGGUAAAGGAUUCUCUAUCAAGGAAAAUUUAAAAAAACACACAACAACACACACUGGUGAAAAACCUUUUGCCUGUUCGGUUUGUGGUAAAAGUUUCUCUUUGAAGGGAGGUUUAAGAACACACGCAAGAACACACACUGGGGAGAAACCUUUUGUCUGCUCAGUUUGUGGGAAAAGUUUCGCUUUGAGGGCGUGUUUAACAAGGCACACAAGAAUGCACAAUGGGGAGAAACCUUUUGCCUGUUCAAUUUGUGGUAAAAGAUUCCUCGUGAAGACAUGUUUAAUAAGGCACAUAAGGACACACACUGGUGAGAAACCUUUUGCCUGCUCAAUCUGUAACUUAACUUUCAUCGAUCAUACAGGAUUGGUUAGACACACGAGAACACACACUGGGGAGAAACUGUUUUCAUGCUCAGUUUGCGGUAAAAGAUUUACACAAAGAUGCAUACUGGAAAAGCACAUAAGAAUACACACUGGUGAAAAACCAUUCAGUUGCAAUGUGUGUAAUAAAAGAUUCUCUCGUAAGGAUCGGGUUAAGAGACACAAGUGUGUCAGUGAGAAGAACAGUGGUAAAUGAAGCUUUAAAUAAAUUGUAAAGAAACUAUUUGUGGUCAAAUGGAACGUGUAUA